AUGUAUGCGAUCGCUAACGAUCUACGUACUCCAACACUAAUCGAGCUGCAAAUGCUACUUGGAGUCUCUGCACGGAAGCAUGACUACAAAAGAAAUCGAAAAUCGGUGAGCGAACGGAAACCAAGACAAGCAUACUCUGCAAGACAGUUGGAUAGAUUGGAGUCUGAGUUUCAGAACGAUAAGUAUCUAAGUGUGAACAAGAGAAUUCAGUUGUCCCAAACUUUGAAUCUAACCGAGACUCAAAUCAAGACAUGGUUUCAGAAUAGAAGAACUAAAUGGAAGAAGCAAUUGACGUCUUCAAUCCGUCAAAUGUGCAAAGAAGUCCCUUCGACUCCUGUCGUCCCAUUCCCAGCUCUUCUCUCCCAACCAAACACUUCGCUUGCCACGUCACUAAUCUCUUCUCUCAACACCAGUGUUUCCAGACAAGAAGAAUCCUCAUCGGUCAUUGAUAAUCAUGAAUAA